UAGUGGCAAAUUCACUCUCAGCUAUCAUUCCUGUUUUCUUAUCUUAUUUCUCAGCCACCCAACUCAAAAACCACACCAAAAUACCACUACCAGUCUUUCGCUUUGGUUUGGCUCCAAAACUCUAGCCUUCUCAUGACUUCAUUCUGCACCACCCAUUUAAAUACUUCCUAGAAAUUUGAAGGCAAAGAAAAAAUGAAAAUGGCUGCAGCCAUCUGCCUGCAACAUGUGGGUACACCACCCUCAAUCAAUCUCCAGCAGAAGCAGCACCAUCACUACCCAACAAUGCGAAACACAGUGAUGAUGGGACUGGUACUAAGAGGAGGGACUUCCUCGUUAAGCAAAACUGGAAAAAGGGUUGGUGGGGUGGUAAGAUGUAUAGGAAUAGCGGACUUCAUAGGAGGGGAUUUGGUGAAGUUUGAUUUAGGACGUUGGCUAUCAGAUGUGGAAGAGCACAAAGCCCUUGCCAUUUACACCCCUCACGAGGGAGGUUAUGAGGGCCGUUACCUUACUCGCCUCAGGUACCAAGGCUACUAUUUCCUAGACCUCACUGCUCGUGGCCUUGGCGAUCCUGAGACCACCCUUACCAAGAUUCACCCUGUUUGCCCUGCACAUCUCGGGAAGCAACCCAUAGCAAGGUGGUACUUUCCACCAGAAGUCGAUUAUCGACUAGCUGCUUUGCCCCCAGAUGCAAAAGGACUUGUCGUCUGGAUAAUCGAAGCGAAGGUUUUGUCGAAGGCUGAAUUGCAGUUUCUGGCAUUGCUUCCCUCACUUCGGCCUAAAGUCAGGGUCAUUGCUGAAUGUGGAAACUGGAGAAAGUUCACGUGGAAGCCACUCAAAGAGAUUGCAGGACUUACCACACAGAUGAAGCUUGAUUAAUUACUUUAGAGGCAGCAGAGAGGGAAAUCCCUGUGCCUCAGUUCUGAUCUUGCCUUUCACCUCGAAGGCUGUGCUGCAAUUGUGAAGAUGAAGAUGAAGAUGAUGAUGUUGAUAAACAACCUUUAUCAACCAUACUUGUCCUACAAAUUUCACAAUAUUUAAAAGUGACACCUUACCAAAUGUCAAUAUAUAACUAUGUUAGAUCUGAUAAAAAUCAAUCAUGAUUAUUUGAUUCCUACGAAAA